UUUUUGUUUUCUGUUUCGAAUUCCGUUAAAGUAAUUUAGAAAUGUAGUAUGCUUAAUUUUUUGUUUUGUUGUAAUAUUUAAUAAUUAUAAAAUAAUGAUUUAGUAAUCACCCAUUUUAAUCUGUAGUAUAACAAAAAUAAUAGCAACAUGGAUCGUGCGAGGAUACCCAUCGAAGAGUUAAUAACAUGUUUUAAAUCGACUACUACCGUUGAAGAUAUAUUUGAUAAAUUAGAAGGAUGGAAUCGAAAUGAUGUUCAACUUGAACAUUCAAAAGAUUAUACACUACAGAAACUGUUACUUCACUCUGAGAAUCCUAUUGAAUUAAAAGAAAAAGUACAGAGUAUUGACCAUAAAAUACUUAGCAAAUUUAUGGAAUUGAUUCAAGAAGUACGUGAAGAUAAAAAGUUGACAACGUUCUUGGAAAAACGGACUAAAGAAUAUGAGCGAGAAAUAAGUUGUUCAGAAUUUACACAACACUAUAAGAAUGAAGUUGAGAAAAAAAAUGAAUUUCAAAAACAACGACAAAUGAAAAAAGAAACAAAAGACAAAAAAUUAGUUUUGAAAAAAAGUGUUUGUAAUCAACUUCCACUUUGGAAAAAUAUUAGAAAAUAUCAAGCACUGGACUACUUUAAUAUACCAGUAUCUUCUUUCAAUACUAUUUCUCCUGAAGAAUGUGUUCUAGUUGAUGAUAUUCUUUCUUGUCUUCAGGGCUUUCAUGGAAAAUUCAUCACUCCAAAUAAACUUAAUACACCAAUUACUUUUAAUAUUCAUACAUCCAUAGAUCCACAGUAUAAAUGUUUAGUGUCAAAAAUACUUAGACUUGCAUCAGCUUAUACUAUCAUUUGUCGAUAUUGUGAAGAAAAUCGACAAAGCCAUAAUGGAUAUGUUAAUCAAGCUUUGGCUUGUUAUCUAAGCAAAUUUAUACGUGAUUACUUAAAUUUUAUAAUAAGCCUUGAAAAUCAGCACAAGUCUGAGAAUCUUAGUAUACAAUCAUUAUCAUUUGCAACCCAAGCUCAUGUUUACAAAAUGGAAUAUGUGGCUCGAAUAGUAUCAACAAUAAUGCUAGAAAAUAAAAAAGGUGGUCAGUCACUUUCAAUAUUACACGAAGAAGUUAUUCAAUGCUAUAUUGAUAAUUCACUUAAAAAACUUUUGGGAGGUAUGGUUGAAGUAUCAACAAUUCCAUUUUUCCAAUCCUUAGAAAAAUGGAUUUUCAAAGGACAAGUAUUUGACCCUUGUGAUGAGUUUAUGAUCAAAUGUGGUCACCUUGUGUUAAGUGAUGAUACGGAAAAAUAUUGGAAUAGAUGUUAUACAGUCAGAAAUGAAUUUGUUCCAUCCUACUUAGAAAAAUUUAAAGAAAUUAUUCUACGAACUGGAAAAUACUUAAAUGCACUUUAUCACUGUAAUAUUCCAAAUAAAUCAAAUUUGGUUUACAAAUCUACGAGUGAUGAAAAAUUAAUAUACUCUUUGUGGUGUUCUGAUGCUACAAAUUAUCUUAAAACUAUAAACAGUGCUUAUAUGUUCGCAAGCAAUAGUUUAUUAAAUGUUUUACUGAAUGACUAUGACUUAAUGAACAGAUUAAAAUCUAUUAAACGUUAUUUUCUACUAGAACAAGGAGAUUUUGUUGUUCAUUUAUUAGAUGUAUGUGAUGAAGAAUUAAAAAAACCCACCGAUGACAUUGUUUACAACAGACUAGAAUCAUUGUUGGAUAUUUGUUUGCGAGUAAAUGUUGGAUGUGUUGACCAAUAUAAAGAUGAUAUAAAAAUGGAAUUAAAAAAAGAUCCACUGAGUUUUCAAAUAUUUAAAAUACUUGCAAUUCAAACCGAAAAAGAAAAAGAUUAUACGAUCUUUCAACCAGCAUCAACCUUGUUAGGUAUACAAUCAUUUUGUUUAGGAUUAACUACACAAUGGCCAGUUUCUUUAAUAUUCAAUGAAACUGUUAUAUCAAAUUAUCAAAUGUUAUUCAGAUUGUUAUUAUUAUUCAAAAGUGUAGAACGUCAACUACUUAAAAUAUGGCUGUGUGAUAAACAAUUAAAAAAAAUACCAAAUUCAUCAGCAAUUACCUACAAAAAGGCUUUUAAUUUAAGGCAAAACAUGUUGUUAUUUGUUCAAAACCUAGAAUAUUAUAUGUUUGAAGAAGUCAUCGAAACACAGUGGCAAACAUUUACAUCUGCUAUUCAAUAUAACGUUAAAAAUGUUGAUGAGUUAUUGGAUGAACAGCAAAAGUUUUUAAAUCUUUGUUUGAAAAACUGUAUGGUUACAAAUCCUGAUUUAAUGAAACGCAGUAGAUAUUUACUAGAAUUAUGUACAGAAUUCAGUGAUUUCAUUCUUGAUUUAUCCAAAAGUCAUCUUAAUCUUAAAAUAGAUUUUAAAAAGCAAAUACAAAUAUUAGAAAACAAAUUUACAGCUGCAAUGAUUGACCUUUUAAAAUGUAUAAGAAAAAUGAGUAGAUUGGAUAGCGGUAAUAUUAUAUACAAUUUUUUGUAUAGGAUGGACUUUAAUGGAAUGUACACCGAGCAAAUUAACAAGGAUGAUACAGUUUUAUAUACAUAAACAUUUAUUUUUAAAAUUCACCUAAUGUACACUUUAUUACUUUUCUUUUUUUUU